AUGGCUGUCCUUACUGCUUGUUGUCAUGCCCGGAUGAUUGAACUUGGCAAAAGUUUGUUUAGUCUGAUGCAGGAAGAACAUGGGAUCGUGCCUAGACUAGAACAUUAUGCAUGUAUGGUUGAUCUUCUAGGUCGGGCAGGGGAUCUCACUGAGGCAUAUGAUAUGAUUAAGGCAGUGCCCAUGGAGCCAGAUUUGUUUGUAUGGGGAGCAUUAUUAGGAGCAAGUCGCAACUAUGGGAACAUAGAACUUGCUGAAAUAGCAGCUAAUCAUUUAUCAGAGCUAGAGCCGGAGAGUGCAGGAAACAAUUUGCUAUUAUCCAGUCUGUAUGCAGAUGCUGGAAACUGGAGAAAUGUUGCAAGGUUGAAGAAAAUAAUGAAGAAAAAGAAGUUGAGGAAGUUACCUGGUUGCAGUUGGAUGGAAGCUGGCUAA